AUGUCGGUGAAUCAAGCUUUCAUGCUUGCCACACGUAAUGGAGGUCUUGCACUUCGACGGCCAGAUUUGGGUGUCAUUGCCAAGGGAGCCAAGGCGGACAUUGUUGUUUGGGACAGAAUGACGCCUGUCGCUGCUGUUAUCCUUCACUCGAAUGUUGGUGAUAUUAAACAUGUCUUGGUCGAUGGGAAGUUCGUUAAGCGAGACCGCAACCUGAUAGUUGAGAAUUAUUCUUCUGUUCAACAGAGAUUCUUGGUGACGGCCAGGAAAGUGCAGGCUGAAUGGAAGCAAAGACCUUACCCCGUCUUGAAGAGCAAGUACUCCUUAUCCGACUACCAGUAUGGGCGUGUGCCCUACGCUGACACGGUACGAGGGGAUGGGAAUGGUUACGGUCGUCAGUAUCUAUAA